UCACAGCAUAUCCAUAGUGAGCUCUUGGUGAAAAUGGGAGCGUUUAGGCAGGUGAUUUUUUUGGCGGGGUAAAACUUAAUCACACUCAUGGUGGGAGGGAGGUACUGACUCUUGGCACGUAACGCUGAAUAGUUCGCCUAUCCAAAGAUUUCCCCUUCACCUCAUUGCAAGAAACAACGCCUUCUCCUAAUCCCUCUGCGUGAGCUUUAGUUUUAAGCCAUGCCGCUCAUUAUAGUCACCGGAUUCCCCACGUCCGGCAAGUCGACCCGCGCAAAGCAACUACACACAUAUCUUUCCGAGCGCAUAAAAGCUGCAACACCAGACGGUGCGACCCCCAAGCAUCGCCUGCACUUGAUAUCGGAUCAAACGCUCUCCAUAUCUCGGUCCGUGUACGACUUGUCCGCUCUCCCCGCCCACACCCGGUCCGCGAACGCCUCGGAAAAGGACGCGCGCGCCGCCAUAUACGGCGCCGUCAAGCGCGUGCUAAGCGACAAGGACAUCGUCAUCCUCGACGGGCUGAACUACAUCAAGGGAUGGCGCUACCAGCUGCACUGCGAGUCCAAGGCCGUGCGCACUCCCAGCUGCAUACUACAGAUCGGAUGCUCGAAAGAGAAGUCCCGCGAGAUCAACGAGGCGCGCUUGCACGGCGAAGCAGCGGGCGCGCAGGAAGCGCGGAAGUUAGGCAAUGAUGCCGAAGACGCAGAAGGCGCGUACGAGCCGGCGAAUUGGGAAAACCUGGUAUUUCGCUACGAAGAGCCGAAUCCCAUGACGAGGUGGGACAGCCCGCUCUUCACGCUGAUAUGGGAGGACGGCGAAGCGCAGACGAGGCAGGUCUUCGACAGCUUGUGGGAGGCCAUUGCGGGAGAAACGCGCAAGAUCGUCAAGCCGAAUCAGGCAACUGUGCAACGGGGUCGGGAUGCUGACGGCGAUUAUUUGUACGUGCUGGAUCGCGAAACGCAGGAUAUCGUUAAGCGAAUCCUCGAACAACAGGGCGAUGAAGGUGGGGGCGACGUCUCGAUACCGCGGGCCAGUGGGCAGGGAGACGACACUUUGACCGUUGAACUACCUAGUAGGAAAGUCGGGUUGCCUCAACUUCAGAGGUUACGGAGGGCCUUCAUGGGGCUGAAUAGGGGCGGUAUUGGUCUUGAGGGCAUAGGGAAUAUGGGUCCGUCGAGGAUACGUGAAAGCUUCGUGGUGUAUUUGAAUGAUAACUUCGAGAAGGAUGGAUAACACCUGACUUCGCUUUAUUAUUUUCUUGGCCAGUGCUCGGACUAUUUUUACUUAGAUACCCCUGUUUCUUGAAUUUAAAGAUCGGCAACGAUGCCUCUUCUCUACUGGUAAAGCGCCAUGAAUGUAUCUCACUCUUUGCCUAUGUUACCGACCUCUCUAACGUCGUUGCGAUUCCGCCUAUCAUUUACGUAUUUGGAUUGGGAGAUAUCUAUCUGUGUCUAGCCUUAUGUUUUUAGAGACCCUGUCGAUGUAAGCUCAGGCCUCGGGGCUGAGAUUCAAAGAUCUUCUUUGGCUGAAUCCAGCCUCCCCAACGAUCAGCCACAGUGACAGUAAUUUAAGAUUAGGUAACUCGGCCUCGAAUGUUACCCGUCACAGUCAUAAUAGGUAUUGAUGAUCUACGUAGUUUGAGGACAGUAAGUCCUUCUUCAAAUUAGAAACCAAGUUUCCGCCAUCCAUUUCCGGCUUACCUGCCCGUGAAACAACCAACAUUAUGCCAUCGGUCCCGAGGGGGUGGUCUGACUACAUAUUAGUGAACGAAUAGAAUCAAGCUUC